AUGACCGGCGAUCCGCGCAACCUCCUCAAAUGCGCAGAAAUUGUGCUCUAUGCUUUGAGGCUUUUUACUGCGGUUGUCGCGGACGCUUUCUACCGUAGCGACCUAGAAGGUCUCAACGAACUCAUGCAGACACACCUUCCCGUGGUAAGACGAGCACUCAUGCAUAUCCUGUCUUUAGUGGCCGCCCUGUCGACGGCAGAGGAGGAGAAAUUCGCACCUGUGCUCGCUCUUCUACAACAUGUCGUGCUAGAUUUUAGUGCAUUGGAGGAGGCGGUUGUUCAUGCAGUAUCCACCGCACCAGGGGGUGCAGAGGCUUCUCCAGAGAGCGAGCCAAAGUAUGAACCCAAGCCAUACCAGAAGGUGGUGGUAGUGAAGGGCCGGCGAAGUGCAGUGCCACUGAAGACAAAAAACAAGUCAGCAUCAUGGCUUAUGCGGACGGGAGGGGCUGCUCUAGCGCUUCUGGCGGUCUUGUGGGUGUUUCGAAAAAGGCGUCCAUCGUUUGUGGACGCCCUCGGGCUUCAUCUGAGAAACAGAUUUGAUCGUGGCCGUGAGUUCGGCGCCGCUGCGGCAGCUGCUCUGCGCGUCAUCACUGACCCUCCGCCUCCUUAUUCUCCUCCCCGUUCCCCCUUCAUUAUGCCAACCGGCCAUCCGAUUUCUGCGGCAUGGGGGAGCCCUUCACCGUACUUCGCAGCAGGAGAUACUCCACGUGUCAUGCCGUCUGCUCCCCCCCCCCCCUAG